CAAGGGGGUUUCAGUCACCAUGCGAUUUUUAAGCACUACGGAGCAGCAUUGCCGCAUGAUCUGUGGACUUAUUCUCGACUUGACGUGCUGCUCGCUCCGUAACUCUGAAAGAACAGAUAAAAGUUAAUCAUGAAGGUUGUCUUUCGAUCCCGAGAAGGGUCUAAAAGAAGGCGGUAUUGAAAUGCCUCGAGCCUGAAGCUGACAUCCGAAUCCAUUAUGUGAGAGGUGGUGCACAAGACGAAUCUCCACGGGUUUCACAACCGACGACAAGAACUGCCACGAUACAGACACGUAGAAAGCGGAGCCAAUUUCAUCUAGGCUCAAUCACACCGCCUGUAGAUUCUGACCCUUUCUUCUUCAGCACGCUCUGUACGCCACAUUGCGACUGCCACGGCAUAUUUUCAUCCAAGUUUUCACACAGAACCCCUCCAACCUCUUAGGGCCACCUGUUGAGCUUCCUCCAGUUCGGAAUCUUGUACACUGACACCGGUAUCGAAGUCAUGCAUGGAGGAGAGCUCCAGCUGGUAGACAGGAAUUGCGACAAUGUUGCCAGCAGCUCAACACGCCGCAAAAGUUGUGCACAAAGCUUGCGGGGAAGUGUGAAAGCUGCAUGGGGAAAAGAGUUUGAUCGAAGACUAAAUAACUUGAAUAAAAGUUCUCUUCAUGUGCUGCGUCGAUUGUUGUUCUUUAAUCUGGUCCUUUGUAAUUUUUUCCCCCUUUUGGUUGCAUUUAUGAAUUCUUGCUCAUAUUUAUAGGCAAUUGUUGUGACGUGCAGCUGAGAAGUCCUGUUCCGGCGUGGCGAUGUCAGGUCUCUAACGAGGGAAGUAGUGUUGGUCGUAGAGAAGAGAAUGAUGAUGGUUGCAUGGUGUACAAAAGGGGUAGUCGACGAGGAGAGAGAGCUGGCCGCGUGCGUUAGUGGCGUUGAGUGGGAUUUAGUUUUGGCGACGGGGAGUUUGUAUCGGAUAUUGAUUGAUUUUUAGAUAAAUUAAGGGUCCUGGGGGGUGAAAGCUUCAUCAUCCUCAUGACGAGCGUUGGAAUUUGAUAGAGGUAAUGACGAGGGCGUCUGUGAGGAGCUGCUGUGGUUGGAGUUGCGGCGACCAAGGACGAUAGACUGGAGUUUCGUUUUUUGUGUUCGGUCAAUAACCCAUGUCUGACAGAGAGGCACUGGCUAUGGGGACGGCGCUUCAAAGUUGGCCGAAUCCCCGUGAGGCGAAGGCCAUAAAAAAGGAAAUAAGUGGGAGUUUCGACGCUGAGAGUUUCUUGAAGGACCUGCCGAGCGAACAAAGAAAUUUCAAGAAGAGAGAUGCUGCAGAUCUAUUCAGCGCUUCAGCUCUUGCGAAUGACAAGGAUGGAAAAUUAACUGAAUAUAGGAUUUCUUUGCCCUCUGCAUUCUACUUAAGAGAAGAAAUUAAAGAUUCUGCGCACGCAGCACUAGAAAAAAGUGAUAGCACCAGCAUUAGUGACGCAGCAAAUCAGUUCGGGUCUGCGCCUGGAUCUGCAGAUUCAGAAAUGUGUGUAGAAUCAGAUCCACAUGCAGAAGAAAGCAGCACAAGACUUUUUCGGGAUUGUGUUACUGAGGACCUUGAUCUCGUUGAAAAUGCAAUUCUCCGCAUGCUCCGAAAAGAUGUGCGUCUGUCUUCAAAGCAUUAUCACGAAGAUGCUACAAAGCUGAAAGAUGCUUCAGAGUUGGAUGAGCACUUAGAACGAAGUGGAGGGCCCCAAGAGGCAGCUGGAGAUGUAGAACUUCAGCUCUUAGCUAAGUUGCUUGAUCAAGUUCAAAUUUUGAGGGACCAGAAGUCCAAACCAAGGCAGAAUAGCAGAACCGGAAGAGCAUUGUCACGCAGCGGCAGGAGCGUCCGGGAUGCCACCAACCGGAAUACUGGUAGAGAGAGGAGAUUACGCAAAGACGACUUGAAGAAGGCGGUAGAAGGUGCGACACAAGCUGCAAAAGCAGCAGCUGAAGCUGCUCGUACUGCUGCCAUAUUGGUCAACCAGAACUCCGAUGCUAUGAACAAAGUACUCCAAUCCCUAAGCCCCUCGUACUUCAAAUCCCCUAAUUCUCAUUCAAAGAGCAAUGGGAAUGGCCCUCACCGAGACUCCUCAACGUUGGAUAGUUCCUCAUCUAGCGACUCCGAAGUCACAACGUCGUCGAAAGACAUGGUCAAAAAAAUCGUCUCGCAAAACCGCUACACUCAUGUGCUGUUAGGCAUAAUGUUUGUGUCGUCAUUCGUAUGGAGGUACAUAGUUGUCAAAGUAGCCAAGAGGGUGAGGACUAAGGUCAGCGAUCCAUGGGGAUAUAUCUCAGGCCACAUCACGGACGGUUUCAAAGGUCCGGAGAAGGGGAAACAACUACGCGGGGAAGGAGAAAGCUCCGGCGGUAGCCUCAGCGUGCCCCAGCUCUCGCUUCCGCCUAUUCUCGGUGGACCCGAACGACAAGAAGAUGUAGUUGCAAACCCCACAAACGCCACUGAGGAGCGCCUUCUCAGUUUUGGCAAGGUUUUGCAAAUCAAACCAAACAGGGGCGAGUAGUGAUGUUGGACUUUCAUGCUUAUAGAAACAAAUUUCCUUUCUAACUUAUAAAGUAACUCAGUCAUUUCCUCGAUCAUA